GCCGCCGCUGCAACGCAGAGCGGCACACGGGCACCCGCCACGAAGGAGCCUCCCCUGCGAGAAUAAAACACGGUUUGACCAACGAGAAACGUGGGGGGCGGGAGACCCGGAAGAAUACCCGGAGCUUCGGCGGUUCGCGUGCGGUGAAACGGCCCCUGAAAUGUAGCCAGCGGCGUCGGUGUGCGGAAUCGCUCGGUCUCUGCAUGGCUCGUCUCGGGGAUGCCAUGAAAAUCACCAGAGCCGACUGAGACACCGCUCCUCGUCGCUAUCACGGACAGCGCGGCGGUGGUGGCAGCGGAGGAGAAGGAGUAGGAGGAGGAGGAGGAGGAGGAGGAGCGGGUGGUGAGCGAUGGCUCCUGGUGGAAAGAUCCACGCUAGGUAGCGCUUGGAAAAAAGACCCGAGCGGGGAGCUGAACGUCUCUUGUCACGGUGAGGUCGCGGCCGCAGGUGUCUCCAGGAUGGAUUUCACGCUGCUCCGGAACAUCAUCAGCAGAUACUGCAUGGGGGAGGAGAUCUGGUUGGACAGUCGAACGGUGUACAUCGGUCAUAAAGAUCCUCCUCCGGGGGCCGAGGACUACAUCCCUCAGCGUUACCCCGACAACCGCAUCGUCUCCUCCAAGUAUACCUCCUGGAACUUUAUUCCCAAAAAUUUGUUUGAGCAGUUCAGAAGAAUCGCUAACUUCUACUUCUUGGCCAUAUUUCUGGUCCAGCUCAUCAUCGACACCCCCACAAGCCCAGUCACCAGCGGCCUGCCCCUCUUCUUUGUUAUCACUGUCACCGCUAUAAAACAGGGCUACGAGGACUGGCUCAGGCACAAGGCUGACUGCUCUAUAAACGAGUGUCCGGUGGACGUGGUGCAGCAGGGGAAGGUGGUGAGAACACAGAGUCACAAGCUACGGGUGGGGGACAUCGUCAUGGUGAGAGAGGAUGAGACCUUCCCCUGUGAUCUCAUCCUGCUCUCCUCCAGUCGCCAUGAUGGGACCUGCUACGUCACCACUGCCAGCCUAGAUGGGGAGUCCAGUCACAAGACCUAUUAUGCAGUUCAAGAUACCGUGGCCUUUAGAACGGAGCGGGAGGUGGAUUCGCUACACGCCACGAUUGAAUGUGAACAACCACAGCCUGACCUCUACAAAUUUGUGGGACGCAUCAAUAUUUACAAGGACACAGAAGAGCCUUUGUCAAGACCACUCGGGGCUGAGAAUUUGCUCCUUAGAGGAGCCACACUGAAGAACACGCAACAUAUUUAUGCUGUCGCGGUCUACACUGGUAUGGAGACCAAGAUGGCGCUUAAUUACCAGUCUAAAUCUCAGAAGCGCUCCGCUGUGGAAAAGUCGAUGAAUGCCUUUCUGGUAGUGUAUCUGUGCAUCCUGAUCAGUAAAGCGGUGAUCAACACCGUCCUGAAAUACGCUUGGCAGUGGUCUCCAGACCGAGACGAACCCUGGUACAACCACAGGACUGAGAACGAGCGCCAGCGCCACGUGGUGAUCCGAGCAUUCACAGACUUUUUGGCCUUCAUGGUCUUAUUCAAUUACAUCAUCCCAGUGUCUAUGUAUGUGACGGUGGAGAUGCAGAAGUUCCUGGGCUCUUAUUUCAUCACCUGGGAUGAAGAAAUGUUCGAUGAAGAGCUGGGAGAGGGCGCUCUGGUCAACACCUCUGACCUGAAUGAAGAGCUGGGGCAGGUGGAGUAUGUCUUUACCGAUAAGACGGGAACUCUCACUGAAAACAACAUGGAGUUUAUUGAAUGCUGCGUUGAUGGGAACGUCUACAUCCCGCAUGCCAUCUGCAACGGUCAAAUCCUCAGCGCUGCUUCCAGUAUAGACAUGAUUGACUCCUCACCCGGAGGAUACAGGAGAGAACACGAGGAUCUGUUUUUCCGGGCGCUGUGCCUGUGUCACACGGUGCAAGUGAAGGAGGAGGAGACGGUUGAUGGCAUCAAGAGGGGCAUCCACCAGGGCAGGCCCACCUCCUUCUACAUCUCCUCCUCACCGGACGAGGUGGCUUUGGUGGAAGGAAUGAAAAGGCUUGGUUACACCUAUCUCAGACUUAAAGACAACUACAUGGAGAUCCUCAACAAAGAUGACGAGAUCGAAAGAUUUGAGCUGCUCCAUGUGCUGAACUUUGACUCUGUCAGGAGGAGAAUGAGCGUCAUAGUCAGGUCAAGCUCAGGAGAACGCCUGCUGUUUUGUAAAGGGGCCGACUCAUCCAUUUUUCCUCGCGUCGUGUCUGGGAAGGUGGAGCAGGUGAAAGCCCGGGUGGAGCAGAAUGCUGUCGAGGGGCUGCGGACCCUGUGUGUCGCUUAUCGGAGGCUAUCAGAGUCUGAAUACCAGGAGGCCUGUCGACACCUGAACGAAGCCAAGCUGGCCCUGCAGGACAGGGAGCAGAGGCUGGCGCAGGCCUAUGACAUCAUUGAGAAGGACUUUGUGCUUUUGGGAGCGACAGCAGUGGAGGACAGGCUCCAGGAGAAAGCCGCAGACACCAUUGAAUCCCUGCACAAGGCCGGAAUGAAAGUUUGGGUCCUGACAGGCGACAAGAUGGAGACGGCAGCGGCUACCUGCUACGCCAGCAAGCUGUUCCGCCGCAGCACCCAGAUCCUCGAGCUCACCAAGAAACGCACAGAGGAGCAGAGUCUGCACGAUGUUCUGUUUGAACUAAGCAGGACCGUUCUCCGACAACGCUCUAUUUCCGGGUUGUCUGUGGACUGCCUCGACUUUGGUCUGAUCAUCGACGGGGCAACUCUGUCUGCAAUACUGAAGUCCAAACAGGAGGGCGCCGGUUCCGGCAACUACAGAGAGAUCUUUUUAGAGAUCGGUCGCAACUGUAGCGCUGUGCUUUGCUGUCGGAUGGCGCCGCUGCAGAAAGCGCAGAUUGUGAAGCUAAUUAAAGCUUCCAAGGAGCACCCCAUAACCCUCGCGAUCGGCGAUGGGGCCAACGAUGUCAGCAUGAUCUUGGAAGCACAUGUGGGCAUUGGCAUCAUGGGUAAAGAGGGCCGACAGGCAGCAAGGAACAGCGACUACGCCAUCCCCAAAUUCAAACACUUGAAGAAGAUGCUGCUGGUUCAUGGCCACUACUACUACAUCCGGAUUGCUGAACUUGUUCAGUACUUCUUCUACAAGAAUGUAUGCUUCAUCUUCCCUCAGUUCCUUUACCAGUUCUUCUGUGGGUUCUCCCAGCAGCCUCUGUACGACACCGCCUAUUUGACGUUGUACAACAUCAGCUUCACCUCCCUCCCCAUCCUCCUCUACAGCCUGGUUGAGCAGCACAUCACAACUGAGAGACUCAAGAGGGACCCCUCCUUGUACAAGGACAUAGCGAAGAACUCCCUCCUGCGCUGGCCCGUCUUCAUCUAUUGGACGUGCCUGGGUGUGUUUGACGCUGUUAUCUUCUUCUUCGGUGCCUACUUCCUGUUUGACAACACCACUUUCACCAGCAAUGGCCAGCUUAUGACCACCAACACACAGAUGAUGUUUGGGAACUGGACCUUCGGAACUCUCGUCUUUACUGUGCUGGUCUUCACCGUUACGCUCAAGCUUGCCUUGGACACACACCACUGGACCUGGAUCAAUCACUUUGUCAUCUGGGGGUCGUUACUUUUCUACGUUAUUUUCUCUCUUCUCUGGGGAGGCAUCAUUUGGCCCUUCCUGAACUACCAGAGGAUGUAUUACGUGUUCAUGCAGAUGUUGUCCAGUGGCCCGGCCUGGCUCAGCAUCAUCCUGCUUAUAACGGUCGGCUUGCUGCCAGAUGUCAUCAAAAAGGUCCUCUGCAGGGCCAUGUGUCCCACAGCCACCGAACGUGCACAGAAGGUAAGGACAGCGGGGGCCCUGGAGGGCUGUGUGGCUCCUGGCACUGCAGAAGGUGGAGGGGGAGGAACCCACUCCACCCUGCUAGGACCUGUGAGUGAGACAGUGGACAAAAAGCUGCUAGGAACUGUGACCCCAUGAUGUCACACAGACACCGCACCGCUCCCAGCAAACGCAGGGGUACGCCCCCCAAGGUGGGCUAGGGUCACCAUGGUAACGGCACACAGAGGGUGUUUACCGUGGGGAGUCGGGUUGCUAAAGCUGCUGCCAUGAUGCUUCCUGCUGCUCUACACUGCAUGGGGCAUGUUAAAUUUAUAUGGCUUAGGCUGGGGCUGGGGGUGGGGGGAGGGGGCAAAAUAACUGCAUCUAAACUAAAUAUUUACUUUCGUCAAACCCACUUUGUAGGAACCACAACCUCCAAUUAGCUCUGUAGUGCUGGUAGCAAAGCAUGCUGUGCUUCUCACUGCAUGUGGGAAGGGAAUUGACUUGAUCAGGGUAGGAGCUAAUUAAACAAUUGAAUUCUCUUUUUAUUAGACGCAGGCUACUUAGUGAGGUUGUUUGGACUCCUUGACAGUGCUGGACUGGAGUUUAAAGGCAGCUGGAGGAGCUCACACUGAAGGUUCUGGGUCGCAGGAGGUUUAGUUGAGAAAUCUGCGGUGACUGAACUCAUUUAAUAGGUUCUUACAGAUCUGAAUAGCAUUCAGUCAGUAACUGAGGUAAUGUUAUGUGGAAAAGUCCAGGUUUCCCAGCCAACAUGUCUCUGAAAAGAAUCAUUUUGUAUCAGGAAUAAUGAGGACAUCUGGUGUUGGAAGAUGGAGUAGCAAUUGUAAUGUAUGUCUGUUUCUUAAAAUCUGUCUCCGCCAUUGAUCACAAUGGGAAUGUACAGAGGGUUUUAUCAUCAUUGAUCAGUGGGUUAUGUCCAGAAUCCACACUGUUUUGUUUAGUAAAUUUGAUCCAAGCGUCUAUAACAUGGUGUCAUUAACCAUCAAAACCUUCUGAAUAAAUCCCUGCUGUUCAAUCCAAUGCAUCAAGCCGUCUCACAUCUCUCCAUAUUCACACGUGAUUUGAUUUGCAUGGUGCUUUUCUGCUGAUUUCCCCUUUUCCUGCUUCUAAUGGUUUGGACUUUCUUGUGACGAUGCAUCCCCCCUCUCU